GCUCAGUGCUCUCCAGACUGCACACAUUUCUCCUCACUGCUGCUUUUUCUGUCCUCUUUCAUGCCAGUGGUUUUGUUUGCUGCUUGUUGGUUACUACUGAGUGGGUUUUUCAUGGAGCGUUUGGACACCGGGAGGAUGCGCUUUUUGGAGGAACAACUACUCCAACUUGUUUCUUCGGCUUGUCCGGGGCUGUGUUAGUGAACAUAUAGAUGGUGUUGGGGCUGGAGUGAACAAUGGUGCGGCUCCUUGGUGCUGUGGCCGGGGGCAUGCUCUGGUGCAGGCUGCUGCUCCUGUGCAUGCUGGAGUUGGAGCUGGCAGCUGCAGGACCUACUUUCCAGGGUUUCUAUCUUCCACCUGCGAACGGGUCGCUUCUCGCACCUGCCCGGAGGACAGACGGGAUCGUGCGAACCAUUGACCGGAUUUACCACGGAGGAGGGAAGGUGGGCUACCUGGUGUACCUGGAUGGGAGGCGGUUUCAGCUCGACAUGGAGAGGGACGAGUUGGUGCUGUCGCAUCACUUCAGCCCUCAGUACGUACGCGCUAUGAUGGGGGACAACUCUGCGCCUCUGCAGCGGGAGUGCGCGUACCGCGGGACAGUGGACAACCAGCCGGAGUCCCUGGCCGUGUUCAACCUGUGCGGCGGGGGUCUGGAGGGCUUCUUCGCCGUGGACCACGCGCGUUACACCAUCACGCCGAUCGUCAGGGCAAAGGGACACGAGCACGAUGUGCGCACUCUGCAGGACAGGGACGCGGAGAGCGCGCUCCACGUGUUUACGCGCGAGAACUUCAGCUUUGAAGCCAUGCGCGAGGGGCGCGAGAGCUGCGGGACGCGCGACGGUCGCAGAGGACGCAGGGAUGCGGUGGGGAAACGCCGGCACAGGGGUCGCGGCGGGGGGAGACGGAGCAGAGAGGGACCGGGCGCAGAGAAGACGGAUGAGCACGGCGCGCAGGGUCGGAGGUGGUGGAGCCGGCUCACAGAAGCGCCCUCUAAGGAGACCGGCGCGCGGCGCAAAAGGUCCGUGUCCAGAGCCAGGCACGUGGAGCUGCUCCUGGUGGCGGACGAGACCAUGACCAAGAAAUACGGCAAGGAUCUGAACCACUACCUGCUCACACUGGCCUCCAUCGCAUCCAAGCUGUACGGACACGCCAGCAUCGAGAACCCGAUCCGCCUGUCAGUGGUCAAAGUCAUCACGACCACCGACAAGGAGAAGGGGCUGGAGGUGUCCAAAAACGCGGCGGCGACUCUGAAGAGCUUCUGCAAGUGGCAGAACCAGCAGAACCCCCUGGAUGACGACCACCAGCACCACCACGACGCCGCCAUCCUCUUCACCAGGCAGGACCUCUGCGGUCACCACUCCUGCGACACCCUGGGUAUGGCGGACGUCGGCACCAUCUGCUCUCCGGAGAGAAGCUGUGCUGUCAUCGAGGACGACGGGCUUCACGCUGCAUUCACUGUCGCACAUGAGAUCGGUCACCUUCUGGGUUUGUCCCACGAUGACUCCAAGUUCUGCGAGGAGCGAUUCGGCGUCAACAGCGACAAACGCCUCAUGUCGUCCAUCCUCACCUCCAUCGACGCCUCCAAACCCUGGAGCCGCUGCACCUCGGCAACCAUCACCGACUUCUUCGACGAUGGCAAUGCUGAGUGUCUUCUAGACCCUCCUCGCCAUCCCCUCCUGGGCCCAGAGGAGCUCCCCGGCCAGAGCUACGACGCCGUCCGCCAGUGCCGCCUGGCCUUCGGUCCAGAAUACACCGUCUGCCCGGGUAUGGACGUGUGUUCUCGGCUGUGGUGCGCUGUGAUUCGCCAGGGACAGAUGGUGUGUCUCACCAAGAAGCUUCCGGCUGUGGAGGGGACGCCGUGCGGCAAAGGACGCAUCUGUCUGCAGGGAAAAUGUGUGGACAAAACACGCAAGAGACACUACUCGACGUCCAACCACGGUAGCUGGAGUUCCUGGGGUCCUUGGGGUUCGUGCUCCAGAACCUGCGGAGGCGGAGUUCAGUUCGCCCAACGACUGUGCAACAACCCGCCGCCGCGCAACAACGGCCGCUACUGCACAGGGAAGAGAGCCAUCUACAGGUCCUGCAACGUCACACCCUGUCCACCGUCGAGUAAGAGUUUCCGGCAGGAGCAGUGUGAGGUGCGCAACGGUCCUCAGACUGAUCCAAAAGGUGUGAAGACCUUUGUGGAGUGGGUGCCUAAAUACGCUGGAGUUCUUCCCAAAGAUGUGUGCAAGCUGACCUGCAGAGCGAAAGGAACAGGGUAUUACGUCGUCUUCUCUCAGAGGGUGACAGAUGGAACCGAGUGUCGACCGUACAGCAGCUCUGUGUGCGUGAAGGGGAAAUGUGUACGAACGGGCUGCGACGGCAUCAUCGGCUCCAAGCUGCAGUUUGACAAGUGCGGUAUAUGUGGAGGCGACAGCACGGGAUGUAUACGUGUAGUGGGCAACUUCACCAAGAAGAGUAAAGGAUACACGGAUGUGGUGAAGAUCCCUGCAGGCUCCACCCACAUUAAGAUUCGUCAACACAAAGCCAAGGACCAGACGCGCUACACCGCCUACCUAGCGCUCCGCAGGCCAAACGGGGACUACCUCCUGAACGGAAAGUUCAUGAUCUCCACCUCUGAGACCAUCAUCCCACUCAACGGCUCUGUGCUCAACUACAGCGGCUGGAGCCAAAGGGAUGAGUGGCUCCACAGUAUGGGCCCCGGGGCCAUCCAGGAGGCCUUGGUGAUCCAGAUUUUAGCCACUGAUGCCAAAAAGCCCCUGGAUAUCCGUUACAGCUUCUACAUGCCACGGCGGACGACGCCCCAGCAGCCUUCAGCGCCACUCGGCCCGAACCAGAAGACCACCGUCUCAACCACGACGAAAGCCACCACCACUAGCACCACCAUGUCCUCCUCCACCCCCCUCAUCCUGGCCCCGGGGCAGCCCACAGCUCCAGGUCCUCCCACCCCGGCCCCUGGGCCUCAGUGGGUGACGGGGUCCUGGAUGAUCUGCUCCAGGACUUGUGACACCGGCUGGCAGAGCAGGACAGUCCAGUGUAAGGACCAGGACGGGAAACUGUCCAAGGGCUGCCAGCUGGGGGCCCGGCCCUCCGCCUUCAGACACUGUCAGGUGAAGAAAUGUUGAGACUCAAGACAUUCAUGACACGAGGAACAGAAGAUCGAAUGUGUAAAUCUGAAAAGGUCACAAGUGCUGGAUGUAGAACUCGAACUGAACCAAUGAACUGAAGACAGAACCUUAAACAGGACUGUGAAUGUGGGCUGAGACAGACCGGCGGCCGUGGUUCUGCCUUUAUCCCAGAGGGAAGUCUUGGAAUCCCAGUAUCUCCACAGAGCGGGAGUGGACCAGACGCUUCCACACGAUACCAGGAGGAGCUGACGCGGCAAAGCCAAGGACUUCAGUUGCAUGGACAAUAAAUGAUUGUCUUUACUUCCGUCUCUGUCUGUGGAGGCGUAGUGCGCCCUGUAUUGGCAUGUGUGUUGUCUUUUUAUGCUAGUCCAUGUGUUGUUAUCACUGUGGAGAUGCAGAAAUCACACUUUUCUGUCCGUUUGUUCUGUUAUAUGUUCGAGACGACAACCCCAGCUGUGGGAAGCACUCGAUAUUUGCUUUGUCAGGAUUUCUGUCCAAAUGGUGGUCCUGGUUUGGGACCAUUAGAACACGUAUCACAGUCCUGGAUCUAUGUAUCACAUCUAAGGGAAAUACUGAGAAUAGAAACUCAUCCUCAGAACAUAAGCAGUCCUCUUUGCUGCUUAUAAGGUGGAAAACAUGAUACUGAAAAGGUGCAAAAAUAACAAGAAAACACUCAAAAAAGAAAAACCUGAGCAUCAUGUAGUAAACCAUGAAGUUGUUUUGUAAAAAAUACAAUGUACCACUUCAUGACUGAAACAUGUGAUAUAAUGAGACGCAUUAACGACAAUAACCUGGAACUACAGUGGCCUUCAGUGGACAAACUACUACAGCUAAAUUGACAACGACACUCCUAAAUUUGGAGAAUAUUCAUGCUUGACUUUUGAUGUUUGUGUGUUUCGAGCGUGUGUGUCUUUGUGCGCAUGUUACGUGCACCUGCGAGCACAUCCGUGUGCCCAUGCCUGUGUUGGAGGCACAUACAGUAUAUGUACCGUGAACAUAUGUUUUUCGUCCUCUGUUGCGUCUUCACGUCUUCCAGUCUGUGUUUGUUUGUGUACUUUUAGGAAAGAUAAUGACAAUGUGUGCCCUGGAUACUUGCAACGACUGCAAGAGGGACGCUAAUGCAAUCGCUCCCGUCCUUUUGCAAUUCAGCGCUGACAUCACUCAGUCUGACCUGUUCUAAAGCCUGAUGGCUGCUGUUUGUCACACUUCUACAAUUCAGUCUGAGUGCUUUACAACCAUGCAGCGAGUUUUAGCUUGACUUCCUAAAAAUCUGUGAAUUCUCCAAAUGAAUGAGGGCUUUUAUGAACUAGUGCAGCCUGCUUAUUUGAUUCAAGGUUGCAAAGCAUUUUACUGAACUACAGGGGGCGAUAAUGAGUCAAAAUGCACAGAAUCCAGGCAAAAAAAGAAGAACACUGCCCCCCACCCCCCACCACCACCACUACUUCCUGAAUUUACAGCCUGUCUGUUCUUAUUGGACUCAGUGAUUAAUCCAGGUGUGCCUCAUUAUGACUGUAAUCAGACACACCUGGAUUAAUCAGUGCAUAAAGUUUUCUUCUGAUAGAAACACACUAAAGAUGUUUUGUAGACCACAAGGAUCCACACAGAGCAAUCUGGUGAGUGAUGUUUAUCAGCUUUACAUUAAAAAUAAGCACAAGGGAGAUUCAAGAACUACUAGUACAGCAGGUGGUGGUAUGCACCUUUUAACAUUAGUUAUAAUCUGUCAAUUAAAUGAUAGAAGAAGAAGAAUUAGGACAGCCUGGAUGCUGUUUUUGUUAGCACAUAGUCUGAAAAAGGAAAAGCUAAAACUACCUGCAUGAAUGAAAACCUCUUACGCAUUCAGCUUUGGAAACAUUUGUCAUAAGUGUGAGUUGGAAAGGCAUUAGAGUUUAAUUAUAUGAGAAUGCGAGGAAACAAUCUGUUUAAUUUACAAAUAUUGUAAAUGACUGGCAGCAAAAACCAACAAGUAACACAAAUUAAGACCCAUCAGAUGGUGAAAAAUAAUGUAAUGACAGCAGAGGUGGGUAGUCCCAGCGUCAGAGAGGAAAAGUCCUGCCAUGUAUUGGUUCACUUAAAGGGGUCAUGUUUUGCUAAACCCACUUUUAGUAGUCUAUGGUUCAUUUAUUUGUGUGUUUGGACCCUAAUAGUACAAAACGUAUUCUCUUCAGGGUUAACAUUGCCAAAAUAAUAAUAAAAAAAAAAAAACCCAAAACUUCCCUAUCAAACAAAAUAAAGGAACUAUAAUACACAUGUCUAACCUGGACACC